AUGUUAGCUGAACGUGAGGCACAUGUUGUGGCAGAGGAAGAGGUUACUGGACAACCUUCGACUUGGGAACGUGUAUAUGAGCUAAUGCGAUGUAAUGUCCGCUCAUGUCCCCAUAAGUCUGACUGGUGCUGGGAGGACCCAAAGGACAAGAAGCAUUACAAACUCAGGACCCCUCAUCUAGAACGACUCAUCGACAUAGUCGAUGAGGGUGGCAUCUUGGACGGUCAUGACGAUAUUCCCGGUGAUAUUCGUCGAGACCUCACGAAAGCCAGGCAGGAAGAAAGUAUUGAAUUGUGGUUCUAA